GGCGCGAAGGGUACUUACAGCUGGUGCCAUGGUGCAACGCUGCAACGGUAGUACCAGAUCCAACACAAGGUCAUAGGUUUAUUAAACUUCAUUUGUUGAUAAAUGAAAUUGAAUUGCUUUAUUUGACCAAGAAUAUACUUAUCAUUCCUUGUUGACAUCCGAUAUAAUACGUUUAAAGUGAAUCGUUCAUAAACAGGGUACUAGAUACUACUUAUAAAAACCUCAAAAUAACGUGUGAUUAUAGAUUAUAGGUUGAAAAAUUCUCAAAUGGCAGCUGGAGAUGAGAGAAUAGCUCAGAUUCAGGAGCAACUUAAGAGCUACCCUAAUUUCCCAAAAAAAGGGAUACUAUUUUGGGACAUAUUUUCAAUCCUCAACAAACCAGAUUAUUAUCGUUUGUUAAGAGAUAUCUUAGUAGAAGAGGCAAAGAAAAUAAGCCCACCAAUAGAAUGUGUUGCAGGAUUAGAAGCUAGAGGCUUCUUAUUUGGACCACUGAUUUCAUUGGAGCUCAAUGUUCCAUUUGUGCCAAUAAGGAAAAAGGGGAAACUUCCAGGCAAUUUGCUGAGUGUUUGCUACUCAAAGGAAUACGGUCCUGACGUUUUAGAGAUACAAGAAGGUUCCAUUGAACACGGCAAAAGAGUUUUGAUUAUCGACGACCUUCUGGCAACUGGAGGGACAAUGGUCGCGGGUUGUCACCUUAUUAAAAAAGCGGGAGCUAACGUAGCAGCUUGCCUCGUAGUCAUAGAGUUAGAGGGGCUUAAAGGAAGAGAUGCUGUACCUGAUAAUGUGAUAUCUCUGAUCAAACUCUAACUCCUAACAAAUCUAGAUUCUACAUGCAACACUCUAAAUUGGAUAAUUUUGUAGAAAGUGUGCGAAAAAGACAUAUAACUAAAUGCCUGUGCUUCUUGCUAGUGCUACUUAAACCUUGCAGAUUAUAAUAAAAUAAAAUUUAUUAUGAUCUGCAACAUGUUGUGGCAACUUGUUUCAGAUUCAUUCCUUCACUGAAUCAGGCAAGAAUUACUGCUGAAUUUCUAAUCUUACACAUAUAAAAAAAUAUCACGUAACUGAAUUUCAAUGUUUUUGCACAUAGCUUCAAAAUACAGACCAAAAUGGGUUAAUGUAUGGGAUAGGACCACUUAAACACUUCCUUAAGCAUAAUUGUAAUUUUCACAAAAGUAUAAAAAUAAAUAAUAACAGUAGUAAA